CCUCGAGAUCUGCCGUAUCAUGAAUAGCGACGUUGAUGAGUUGUCAACCUCAGAUGAGAUCCACCCCAGCACUUCCACAUUUGAUGGUUCGAGGUUCGCCACCCGAAACACUGGAGUAAAUGACCCUGAGCCGCAUAUCGCAAAUUGGCGACAACAAGUCAUCAGUUAUUCUGCACGUCAGACUGGGAGAUUAGCUGACAAGUUGGCUGCCUUUGGAUGUAUAGCCAUCAUAGCCAUGGCGAAGGCCACGGGCUGGGAUCCGUCACAGUGCAAAGCUGGAUUAUGGAUGACCGACAUGCCGAGAGAACUGUUAUGGUGCCGCGAUUGCCACCGUCAGGAGAAGGCUACAACUAGCAGUCCUUCAGACAUGACACCGACACCGUCAUGGUCGUGGGCUAAGAUACGAUCACCAGUCACCUGGCUCGAUGCCAACGAGCUCAAAUGGAAUGAUUAUACCCUGGAAGUUAUUAGAUGUAUCGAAAUGAGGAAGUUGGUUGUAAAGGGACACGUCUUGGACGUUCUCUGGGAUGGUUGGGCAAUGGUCCUAGCCAAGUCUCGUGAUGAGGCAAACAGAGCAGCGCGUGUGGCCUUGAGACCAGCUGCCAGACGGAGAAGUCGAUCACCCUCUAGCACACCCCAGACAGGUACCAAAUGUCAUCAAGGGGAACGAUUUCCUCCAUUGCCAAUAGAAGUGGUUUGGGACGAGCCCUUGCAGCCAAAGCGGCAAAGGAUGAGGUGUCUGGAAAUCCGAUCGAAUAUUGACCUUGGCCAAUCCUAUGGGAUCGUCCUCACAUGUGACGGCAGUAGUACGUCGAGGAGACUGGGUUACUUCAAGUUUCUGCACGAGGAGGUGGAUUGGCAUUGGCUUCACCAGAAGAGACGGAGACUGAUUGUCCUCAAUUAGAGACCCAUAAGUAGAUAGAGUCCGUGCCCAGACGAAAAUGCGAAUCUUGAGAUGCAAUGCACA